AUUGGGACUAUCCAACGUUUGGCAGCGGAAGAAUACACUAGUUCCUCUCGCGCGAGGUGCGGAAGUCACGCAACCAAACAAGACGAGGCGCAUCGAAGGGUCAUUUUUGUGAGUACAAUAUCGAGGAGAUAAUUAGCUCACUCCAUGGCCGCUGCUCGGUUUCCUCUCCUUGUCCUCUGCCUCCUGCCGAUCAUCGUCUGCAGCGUCGUGGACGCGGAGCUGACCCAUCUCCACUUCUACUUCCACGAGGUCGACGCCGGCACGCCCAACGCCACCGUCGUCAACGUCGCCAGCCUUCACCGGAACUCGUCGACGUUCGGCGACGUGAACGUGUUGGACAACGCGCUGCGGGAGGGGCCGGACCCGGCGUCGCGGCUGAUCGGGAGGGCGCACGGCCUCGCGGUGCACGCGUCGCUGGACGAGACGGGCGGCCUCACGGCCAUCAACUUCGUCUUCUCCGACUACGGCGCGUACAGCGGCAGCACGCUGGCCACGCAGGGCCACUUCAUCACGACGGGCCCGUCGGAGCGGAGCAUCGUCGGCGGCACGGGCAAGCUCCGGUUCGCGCGCGGGUACAUGACCAGCAAGCUUCUCAGCUCCACGGACACCGCCAUCGUCGUCGUCUUCGACAUGUACUUCACCCUCGACCAUUGAAUACUACUCCGUGGUGUGUUAUAUAUCGUGCAGUGCUUGCUUUGGUGUUCGGUUGAACAUAUGUAUGCACGGCGAUCGUGACGAAUACUGGGGUUCGGAGAAUUCUUUUCCGACCCAUCGUCUCAUAGGCCCAAUUCACCACUCCUACGCUGUACUGACACACUCAUGUAAAAAUAAACUCGGUGUUAUAAUUGCUCAGGGCAAAGCAUCCUUAUAAAUAACAUUUCGCCUCAAAUUCUCGAGGUAGGAUCA